AUGCCCGAAGAUGUAGAUGUCCCUGCUCCUGGCAGGGAAACAUUUCCGGGGACCGCUAACGGCUGCGGCUGUCUCCGACGCUUCCUGCAGCCGUCUCUACUUCGUCACCGACCACAAGUCAGGGGCAUGGUUUCUCGUCGAUACCGGCGCCGAAGUCAGUGUGCUACCGCUCAGUGUACAAACGCUCAUGACCGGCGACACAAGCCCCUUUUCCACCUCACUGCCGUGUACAACACCUGCGUUCUGGUCUACCACCAUGUGUCCCUUACGCUGAAGCUUGGGCUGCACCGAAAUUUCCCAUGGCUCUUCCUCGUAGCAGCCGUCGACAGAACAAUCUUGGGGGCGGACUUUCUUCAGAAUUUCCGCCUUACGGUCGACGUAGCGCGCAAGCGCCUCGUAGACUUGUCCACAAACCUCUCUGUCCGAGCUUUCUCUGCUAGUGACGUUCCAUUUCCGACGCUCACGACCAUUUCUGCCUUGCUGUCACCGUACGCUGCCAUCCUGCGUGAAUUUUCCACACUUACGCAAGCACCUGAUUGGUCGAAGCCUGUCAGUCACAGCGUAGUUCACUACAUCAAGACCUCCGGCGCUCCAGUUUUCGCGCGGCCUCGUCGCCUCGCCCCGGAGACGUUUAAGAUGGUGCGCGCGGAGUUCAACCACAUGCUCGCUAUCGGUGUGGCCCGGCCUUCCUCAAGUGGCUGGUCAUCGCCGUUGCACAUGGCUCCAAAGAAGACCGGUCACAAACGCCCAUGCGGCGAUUACCGCGCCCUGAAUCUUUCCACCGUUCUGAAUCGCUACACACUACCUCGCCUUCACGGUUAG